GGUUCUGAAUCAGAUGACAGUUGGUUUAUAUCCUCUGUUUCUCAACCUCGUUCUUCCUCUUCUCUCCUCUACCUCAAGAGUUCCCCGCGGGGCCACCCUGUCCUGUAACCAAUGGCAACGUCAGUCCAAACCCUUCCUGUGACCCGCAACCCCAGCAAGACAUUCCGUGAUCCCAUCUCGACCCCUAACCGGCCCACAGCCCUAUUGGACCAGUUCAGUAUGGGUAGUGUAGGCAGCCUAGUGGAGCGACCAGACGCAUCCCCAGCUAAAGGCAGCCGGGCCGUGCCCCAGGUGGGACCCAGGCAGACCAACAGGUUAUUAAAGAAAGGCUUAAACCAGAGAGAGUUGCUCAACUACCUCAACAUCACCAGGAAAGAGGCCAAAGCGGGUAGCGGCCCAGGCAGCAGUAGGAAGGACAUCUUCUCCAGCAUGCAGUCCAUGAAGAGAGAGCAUGGACAUGAGGAGGAACACAUCAAGUUCUACCACAAAGACAGAACUGAGGUGGACGUGUCAAAGAACUCACUGCCCAUUAGAGGGAAAUAUGAGAAG